AUGUCCUCAACAUCUACUUUAGAAGAGGUUGCAAAAGAAUUUAAUGUACCAGUUCAAUUUCAGCGCUAUUGGCUAUGGGCAAAGCGACAAAACCAUACCUAUCGUCCUAAUAGACCAUUGACAUCUAUUGAGGAAGCACAAUCUGUAAACUCUCAUUUUUUGCUUGGAGAUUUUGUUUUCUACUUCGUUGGACAAUUGAGAGAAGUAUCAAACAAGGUUCACAAUGCAGAAUUAAAAUUGUUUUUGGAAGUGGAGAUGGGGAUGUGUACUGGAAAGCCAUUGGAAAUCUUAACGAGGUUAAAUGAAAUGGCUGGUUAUGACCCUGAAGAAGAUAUUGCACUUUAUGAGGUUGGUUUGUAUUGA